GCGAUUGCAGUUCGUCAGCACAUCCAAGCACUCACUGGCAAACGCAUACGCUCAAUGAGCUGAUGAUGGAACACCAGGAGCAGAAUGACGACAUCUGCGUCCUGCCCCCUCAGGAGCAGGUGGAGCCCCCCAGGGAGGAGGAAGGACACUGCCCCCCACAGUUCAGGUUGCAGCUCAUUGAUGACCUUUCCUAUGAAGACGUAAAGAAGUGUUACCGAGGGUCGACCGUCAGCAAGUACAAUUGUCAGUACCACAAGCUGUUCCAGACCGUCCCCAAAGAAGAGAUCCUGAUGAAGGUGUAUUCCUGUGCUCUGCUGAGGGACAUUCUACUGCAGGGCCGACUCUACAUCUCCAGGAACUGGCUUUGUUUCUAUGCAAAUCUCUUUGGCAAAGACAUCAAGGUAGCGAUACCAGUGGUCACUGUUCGUCUGGUGAAGAAGCACAAGACAGCCGGCCUGGUGCCCAAUGGCCUGGCGAUCACCACUGACACUGGACAGAAGUAUGUGUUUGUUUCCCUGCUGUCCAGAGACAGUGUUUAUGACGUCCUUCGGAGGAUCUGCACCCACCUACAGGUGAACGGGAAGAGCCUGAGUCUGAAGCAGUAUCUGGAGGAGCCCAGCUCUUUGUCCAUGGAUGAGUUCCCAGUGACCAAUGAUUUCCCAGCAGUGUUGAAGUGGAGGAAGCCGUCUCUACCAGCGGUCUCAUCUUCGUUGCCUGACCUCCUGGGAAACUCCUCCAGCGGCCUCAGCACUGCCGACACGCCCUACAGCGCCCAGACCCUCACCGAGAGGCAUCUGGAGACAGAGAAGAUCCUGCUGACAGAGCCAGUACCAGAGCUGGGCCAUAUGGAGUACCAGCUACUCAAGCUCUUCAUCCUGCUGGUAUGUGUGUUGAUCCUGUCGUCCUGCUAUUUGGCCUUCAGGGUUUGCAGUCUGGAACAGCAGCUCUCAUUCCUCAACAGCCAGCCCACUGUUAGGGACAGGUGCGGGGAGGUGCCAUGCUGGCUGGCCAAUCAAAAGACGGGGACCUGACACUGAGGCCAAUCGGGGAGAGAGGACGGCAGUAAUCCACCAAUCCUUUCUUUAUUCCUUAGACAGUAGUCCCGCCCCUCCUUGCUGGCGGAGGUGCACCAGGAGUCAGACCAGCCAACACGGGGCAACGCCAAACACCACAGCCCCUUGAUGUCAACGGACUCUCAUUAGACGCGAGAGAUCAAAGCUGUAGAUGCCAAGAUGCCAAUCAAUUGUGUGUGCGUGCGCGUGUGUGAGGCUCAACUCACGAUAACUAAUCAGUACCGGAAGGGAAUUAGAAACAUUAACAGACUCGUGUCGUCAGAAAGCUGUGACGUGGAUUUCACUGGAGGAUGGUGGAGGGCGGCUGCUGUGUUGGCAGCCUUUAAACUCUCGCUUGUAGACGUGUAGGACUGUGAAGUGUGACGUAGGCCGGACAUUUGUACCACGAUUUGUAUCGGCGCACUGCCAGUGUAUGUUACUAGUGAUGAAUUGUAUUUAAGAGACUGGAGGAAAUUUGGAUUUCAAAAAAAUAUAUAUAUAUAUAUUAAAAAAAUAAUAAUGGAUGCGUUUUGAACUGCUGUAGUCAACUGUCAAAUCUGACAGGACCUGAAUGCUGUAAAAAAAAUUAAAAAAAGGGCAGAUCAGAUGUAAAUUAUGUAUUUAUCUAUGUUUUCUGCCAGACAUGAACAGGGGUGUUGUGGGUAGUGGGCGGUUCGGUGACGGGGUGGUUAAAGAGACUUUCAGGCCAAACUGUCUCGCCAUGGAGCCAAUUUGAAGGAGACAGCAACCAAUGAACAGCCUUUGUUGCCUCUUUUCAUCUGCAGUCAGACAAACCAGAACAAGUUAUGAAUCAUCAUGGAGACCUCUUCUCCAGCCUUCCUCCCCUCUCCCCUCCAGCCAUCUUCCCUCCUCCCCUCCCCUCUGCCCCCUGGUGUUUGGAUGGCUGACAGGGUCGUUUGAGAGAACUUUUUGGUUGUUUUGGUUGUUAUUUUCAGUAAUCUGAAUCCCAUAAAGACAUCAUUCUCUCCCUCGUCAAGCUCUCAGGUGUGUAGUUUGUUACUCUUGCGGCUAACAAACAGCAUCGCCUCUCACACUUAUGAACAAUAAAAACCAUUUUCAGUGACGGAGUUAAAAGUUCUUUGUGUUUGUCACUUCGUUUUUCUGAACUCUCAAAGGUGAUGAAGCGUCUCUCCUUCUGUACAUGCUAAUGUGUAGUUUUGUAA